GCGCGCGCGCGCGCGCGUGUGUGUGAACAGUGCCCGCGAGCUGACGUACACACACGGCGGCGGCGGCGGCGGCUGCCGUGGCGGUGGAACGGAGCCAAGCGACCGGCGCUCAGAGAGAGGGAACCGUGUCCGGUGGUGACUCGCCACGAUGGAGUAGUGGAUCGCAGUUUGGCGCAUAAACGUGCAACGCUCGUCGGUCUUGUUCUUAGUUUAAAACGAGUCGCCGUCAAUUAAACACACACACGCAUACACGCAUUUAAUACAAUAUAAUAACACAAUAAAUAUUGCUCGAUACGUAUACGAUUGUUGUGAUAUUAAAUACGCGCACCGCGCUGUUCAAAGUCGUCCGUUCGACGAGUGACGUUUUUUAACACGUUUGUUCGGGGUUUUUUUUUUUUUCCAAACGCCGUUUGGGUCUUUGGAAUUUUUUUUGCGGGUAAAAGUUUUCUUUUUUUUUUUUUUCUCCGGACGCUUUCUUCUUCGACACCCCCCGUCGUCUCCGAGUCACCGCUCCGUCAGUGUGCGCGUUUUUCUUUCCGCGCCCCGUCGUACGCGCGGUACCGUCCCCGCCCCCGAGUUCGUUUUGCACGGUGCGAGAGAAAAUAUGGUCUCCGCGCCACUAAGAUGAUACCGGCGUACAAACCGUCGGGAGACAGUUUCGUCGAAUACAUAUUCGUGCUCAACCACUCGAAAACCUGAACUUCCGGUCCCUGCAGUGCGCUACCGUUGCACCCUCGGACGGUUCUGUACCCACAGUACGACGUAAUCACGGUACCGCGACACCGGACGACACGUUUCACCGUCGUCCCGCUCGGUCAACCGCCGCCGACGUCGCAGCCGCAGCCGAAGCCAAAGUCGGAGGUCCUCCGGGCCACCGCCGCACAGCCGCCGCAACGUCGCCGCAAACGGGCAACACAGCCCGCUCAGACUCCACGACUGUUGUUUCUCGUAACGCAAUGUCGAAAUUCAGCGUGAUGGGCUACGAACCCGCACUGGUACUUGUCGCCACGCUGAUGGCUAUAAUGGCCGUGUCCGUGGUCGCCGUGCCGGCCGCUCACCACCUGCACCACCACUCGGGCGGCCACCACCGGAUGAUGUCGAACAACGGCGGGGCCGGGUCGUCGUCGCCGUCGUUGUCGGGCAUCGAUCACCCGCUCAGCAAGCGGUCGUUCUUCGACAUCCAGUGCAAGGGCGUGUACGACAAGACGAUAUUCGCCCGGCUGGACAGGGUGUGCGAGGACUGUUACAACCUGUUCCGGGAACCGCAGCUCCACUCACUGUGCAGAUCUACGUGCUUUAACACGGUAUACUUUAAGGCUUGUUUGGAGUCCCUUCAAAUGUUAACAGAGGAGACUCAAUACAACCAGAUGGUCGAGUUUUUGGGGAAGAAAUAAAAUAUAUAACAAUAAAUUAUGGUAUAUGUACUCCCCUACAUAUAUUUUAUUUAUUUUUGGUUAUUUAUUUAUAAACCAGACAUUGGCCGUCAAAAAAACCUAUUCUAGUCUAUUCAGAGAAAGCAACAGCAUUACAUACAAAAUAAUAUUGAAGAAAUAUGUUUACUUUCCCUAGAUGAAUUUUUCUAAUUUAUUUAAUAGAUAUAAGAUUUUGUUUUUAAUUUUUGUUUAUAAAACUUAUUUAAUUGUUUGU